AUGCAAGAUGGUGGUGGCAGUCCCAGGCGCUACUUCUCAGGUCACGUGCCGCCCAGCGCCGUCCCAGCCUCCAGCCUCAAGCCUCCAGCCUCAGGCCCCAAGCCCCGAGCCCCAAAGGCCAGCGACAACCCAAAGACAAAGAACAACCAAAGACAACCAAAGAAAACAUCCGUCCGUGAAUUUCUGUAG